CGUGACUGGUCCAGAGAAUCAACAUAUAGGGGAUUUCUUUCAGCACAAGAGCUUAUUCACUAUCUCUAUAUGGGGCACUGUUCAUUCACUCUACAAGCAACUCUUUGCACAUCAAGUCUGCUCUCUCUGUAGUGGUGUAUGAUACCUGGAGAAUGAGGACUGUGUCUUCAGUGCUGUUUCUGAUGAUGUGCUGUGCUCUGCAACUUACCUCGGCUGGUCCUGUUGCACUUGAGACAGCACAAAGAAACUGCUGCUCAGAGGCAGCCACAUUCAUUAUACCUCUGAAACAGCUGGAGUCUUAUUAUUGGACAAGUAGCAGUUGCCUCACCAGUCAUAUUGUGUUCAUAACCAAAGCUAAGGAAAUCUGUGUGAACCCUAAUGACAAGUGGGUCAAGCGGGCCAUCAACCACAUGAACAAAUUGAACAGUGCUUCAAAAUCACCCCAGUAAAAAUGGAAGAAAUUAGCUGAAGUUUCUACAUACAAGCACAAAAUUAUGAAUUGUAUUGUAUUGUAACAUUUCAGUGUUUUCUAUGUUUAAAAAUAAAUGUAUUGUUAAUAUAUUAUUCCAAUGUGUUAAUUUCAUCAUCUAUAUGUCAGUAAUAAAGUUUUUUUUAAUCAAAAGUAAACUUUAAUUGAGCUUUGUUAUUAUUACUAAUUCUAAUACCACUAUACAAUAAAUUCAGAUAAGAUGCAGUUAUAUUUUGAUCCUGUAUCCACACACUGUUUUCUUUUUUUUCUCAAAUCCAUUUUGAAAUCUAGUUCUCAUCACAGACACAGUGUGUAACUGU